GGUUUCCAAGUGACGGUCAAGUAAACAAAGAUGGCGGCUCGCGCGGGUAAAGUGAACGAUCAAUCUGUCCCAAAAAACGCUCUUUCAGAGUACGCUAGUAAUCUUGACUGCAUAUCCAAGUCAAGAUAUAUCAACAAAAUAUCUAUCUGUGAUGGAAUUGAUCCAUAUUCUAUGAAAACAAAGGACUUUUCUAAGGAUUUCGCCGCCUUUCCUGACCUUCAGUUCCYGGACAUUUCUAACUAUCUUGUAGUCCAAACAUCGUUUUAUACCAAAUCUCAGAUGAAAGCCUUCAAAAGCCUUGAAGCUUAUAACUUCUUCGUGUGUGGAUGGGUUAAUGAUGUUGGUGUUAAGAUSCUCAAAGACAAUAAUCGCCUUAUUUUUGCAAGGGUCAACCAUUCUCAGAGAUCAACUAAAACUCCGUUGAAGACUUGGGUCAUCCUCAAAGAAGAUGGCGAAGUCAUUACAGCUCAUUGCAACUGCAUGGCAGGGCUGGCAGAGUCAUGUUCACAUGUGGGAGCUAUUCUUUACUACAUUGAAACUGCAGUUCGUAUGCGUGAGUCUUCCACUUGCACAAUGGAAAAGAGUAAAUGGUUGAUGCCAGGACAUGUUAAAAAGAUAAAUGCUGCAUCAGUGUGUGAUAUUGACUUCUCCUCAGCAAAGUCCAAAAAGCAAAAGUUGGACCAGGCCGUCUGCGGCAAAUCAACUGAACCUGUUAUAAARGCUUCCCCAUCAUGCCCACGUGUUGUUGCUGGAUCUGAAGAAUAUGACAAUUUCUUUAAAGAACUGAACCAAAACUUUGCCAAGAGUUCAGCUUUGAUGAUAAGACAGCCCUAUUACAAAGAUUUCAUCCCUAAAUCAACCACACCAGCAUUUCCCAAGUGCAUUAUGACCUACAGUUCACUCGAAAGUUCUCAAGAGCUAACAUAUGACAAGUUGAUGGAGGAAUGUCAAAAAUUAAACCUUACAGUCACUGAACAACAAGCAAAAUCAGUAGAAGCUGAAACCAGGAAACAAGCUACAUCAAAGAUAUGGUUCACUCAGAGAGCAGGUCGUAUCACARCAUCAAAACUUAAAGCAGUGCUGAGAACAAAUCCUGACAGCCCAUCUAAAAGCCUUAUCAAAAGCAUAUGUUAUCCUGAAGCUCACAGAUUUACUUGUGAUGCUACUAGGUAUGGUUGCAAACAUGAAUCCCAAGCAAGAAAGAAGUAUGAAAGUAUGAUGUCUCAGCAACAUGACAACUUCUCAGUAAGUGACAGUGGUUUGAGGAUUAAUCCCAAGUGGCCACAUAUGGGUGCUUCGCCUGAUGGGGUUGUAAUUUGUGAAUGCUGUGGUAUGRGAGCAUGUGAGAUUAAGUGCCCUUAUUGUCAGAAAGAUAAAGAAAACAUCGAAUGCUGCAUAGGCGAUAAAGGAUUUUGCCUUAUCAAAAAUGACCAAGGACAUAUUCAACUAGACAGGAACCACACUUAUUAUUUUCAAGUUCAAAAUCAAUUGCACAUCAUGGAAUCUGAAUAUUGUGAUUUUAUCGUAUGGAAUGAAAACGACAUAUUCAUAGAGAGAAUAGAGCCGGAUAUUGCAUUCUGGAACAGCAUUUUGCCUAAAGUUGAAUUGUUUUUUAGAAGAUGCAUUCUUCCUGAAGUAUUGGGGAAAUAUUACACUAAGGAAUUACUUCCUCCUACCCUUAAGCAUACAAAUACAGUCUGUAGAUCAGAAUAAUUUAUUUAUUCUAUAAUUAAUUUUUUGACAAUUUGUUUACCAUAUUAUUUAAGUAUAAAUUAUAAACAUGCUUUAAAAUUGAUUAUUUUUAACAAUACAACUGUUCAUUUGAUAUCAGAAUAGCAACAUUAAUUUGCUGUAGUAUAGGUCUCGGAUAUAUAAGCAUGACAGUAGAAAACACUAGGUAUUUGCAACAUUUCACAUAACUGAUGUUAUGUACAAUGUCAAGUCACUACACUGUUCUUUAAUGUUACUCUAGAGGUACAACAGAUUCGGAUAAGUUAGUCAGAGCACAGCAAACUGCUCCAAUUUUAUCAAUCGUAGAGUGUGACUCCCCAGGUUUGGUGUGCAUAUGCUCUACUGCUAGUGCACGGCUCUGUAGAAUUUGGUACUUCCGUCUCACCAAUCCAAUUACUCGUUCAACAUGUAUUCUGACAUUGGCUAUCUUUCUUGUUUCCUCCACUUCAUAUGCUGAUAACUGUGUUUUCCCUCUUGUAAAGGCUGGAAUUUUUAAGGUUGCACAAURAACACCAACACUAUCUUCAAUGUUAAACCCACGGUCAGCCAAUAUCACAUCUCCUGGAAGUAGGUUUUCCAGCAAUCCACUCUCUUCUGUGAUCUGUUUAUYACUUACCCUCCCUCCCCAUGCCUUGGAUAUAAAUGUUACUAGGCCUUGAGGAGCAAUACCAAUUAAAAAUUUCACAGUAUU